GAUGGUGAAAUGCUGACCAGCCAUUAUGUUCCAACAUGUUAUGGAGUCAUCCAGAAGUCCAUUGUUCAACAGAACAAGAAAGUUUUUAACAAGAUUACAAGUACAUGGGUUCCUAAGAUGAAAAACCUUCAAGAGACACUCAAAACUGUGCCUUUCAGCCUGGCAGCUAACAGUGAUUAUGACACACGGGUGUCUGUGCUUGUGGAAUCCCCUCUGACUGCCACGGGCCUCAGUCUGGAACUAGUGCAUAGUCGUCUCCGUUUUAAGGAUUACUUUGGACAUCUGUUAAACAUGGAGAAGCCCUGGUGGCUGGAAGAGAAGGAAGAGAUGCUAAAAGUGGGUAGCACUCUAACAGGGUUUGGGGAGUUGGUACUGGACUCCAAUCAUGUACUCAGACUCCAGCCUCCUAAGGACGGGAAUACGUACAUGCUCAUCCUUUCCGACUAUUGGUCUUACCUGAAGCAGCAGGAGUCUUCUAUCAUGCUAUAUAAGUUUUUAACAGCCGUCUUUGUCAUGACUGCUGGCUUGUCAUCUUUAUGUUUCCUUAUUGGAAGUGCUAUGAGACCUGAGGUCACAGGUUUAAUCAGAAUGGCCUAGAAUCAGAGGUCGAGAAGAAAAAUAUUAGACACAUGUGAGGAUCUCCACAUUUAAACAAAUCCAAAAUAAUAGGUGACAUACCAAAGCCAGCAAUUAGAAGUAAUGUAAAGAAAACAGAAUGUUCCUUAGUCCAGUUUGGAAGAAUAGUUGGAGU